CUUCCACAACCAACAGACCAGCAGUCAAGAUGAGAUUUAUAGUGCCAGUGUUUGUUUUCCUCGCUGUGGCAGCAUUUCACACUGCUCUCUCAGCAUCUCUGGAAUCUGCAGAGAAAGAGGAAAAAGUUGCUCAGUAUGAUGGACUAACUGAACUGCAGAAAAUAGAUCAGAUAGGAGUUUGAGGCUGCUCAAAAGAACGAGGCUGCUCAGAUGAAUGUUACGGAGGAGCAGAAUGAGGAGGGCCACUACCUUGAGGCGUCUCAGGAUGAAUCUGCAGAGGGAGAUGGCAACUCAGACGCUGCAGCUCACGAGGAAUCAGAGUCUGACUCCUCAGAGGAAGCAGAUGGGAGACAGAGGCGGGAGGACCAUGAAGCAGUUACAGAGACUGUGAGCAGUUUGGAUGAAGUCAGUCAGGAUUCAACCAAGGAACAAGAUGUACUGGAGUGAAAAAACGCAGCGACGUGUGAAUCCCAGUGCUCGCCCAUCACCCGGUGCCUGAGCUCCACUGAACUUACUGUCAAUAAAAAGGGAUCUAUCCCACCUAUAUGUAUAA